UAAUCCAUGCUUUUAUGUUUUUUCUCCUUUUGUUUUCCAGUGAAGAAAAAGCUAAAUUACUACGGGAAGUCGUGGAUAAAAUAGACGCCAAAAAUGAAGUCUUAGAGCAAUUCAUGGAUUCUUUGAGGAUUGACCCAGACUCGAUGGACAACCUGGACAUGUUCAAUCAUAUUCCCCCGGUCCUGAUGGAGAAGUGUGCCGCUCUGAGUGUGCGUCCCGACACAGUGAAGAGUUUGGUUCAAUCCAUGCAAAUUCUGUCCGGGCUGUACACGGACGUGGAAGCAUCGUUGAGAGAGUUGAAGGAGCUGAUGGAUGAGGAUGAAUCGAUGGAGAAGAAAUGCCAAGAGGUGACUGGCAAGCUGUGCCAGCCCAGCGGGACGUCAGCCCUCAGCAAGGAGUGGGUCAAGUACAUGGAGGUCCACGAGAAGGCCAGCUUCACCAACACUGAGCUGCACAAGGCGAUGAAUCUGCACAUCAGCAACUUGCGGCUGCUGAGCGGACCCUUGGAAGACCUCCGCGCUGCCCUUCCAUCCCCCACCGUCACCGAUGAGGACAAGGCCAUCCUGCAGAACAUGAAGCGAAUCUUGUUGAAGAGUGAGGAGAUGAGAGACCAGCGCUCGUCACUCUUACAGCAGCUCCGAGAUGCCAUUCAAAAGGACGACAUCACCACAACACUAGUAACCACAGACCAUUCAGAAAUGAAGAAGCUGUUUGAAGAACAACUGAAGAAAUACGACCAGCUGAGAGUUUACAUUGACCAAAACCUGGCUGCCCAAGAAAACAUCCUGAAGGCCCUGACUGAUGCCAAUGUCAAGUACGCUGCUGUCAGGAAAGCUCUCACUGACGCAGAGCAGAAGUGGAAUGACGCCACCCAGAUGCUUGUGACUUCAUUUGAAGCUUACGAAGACCUGAUGAAGAAGUCUCAGGAAGGAAAGGAAUUUUACGCUGAUCUGGAAAACAAAGUAACAAAGCUUCUGGAUAAAAUGAAGGACAUUUGCAAAUCUCAGGAGGAACAAAGACAAGCGCUGCUGGAGCAGGAGAUGAAAAAGAAGCCACCUCCAAGACCCACAGCCCCGAAACCCCUACAGAAACCUUCUGACGCAGAGCUGGAAGCCAUGUCAAAUAUUGAAGACUUGGACAUGCAGACGUUCAAUGCAGGCCUUCCCUACAAUGACUUGCCCAACGAGUUGACCAGCUUGCCGCCAAGUUCCCUUGCUGCUCACCCUGGGGGUGAUGCCCGGAACAUGUCCGCCUCCUCGCCUCCGCCAGCGCCGACCUUCCCCACGGCCGGCCGGCUCCGAGACCCCGUCCCGGCGCAGCCCCACUUCACAUCUGGACAUUUCCCCCACAGAGGGACCUCGCCCCAACAUCUGCCCCCCAACACUAUCUGUGCUGCCCCGUCGAUGGGUCACCCUUACAGCACCGGAGUUGCGUACCGGCAACACGGGCUUGCACACGCCCCGCCGAGCCCACACCUGGCCUACCAGGGCAGUUCUGCGGGCAGAUUGCCGGGGGUGCAGACCAUGCCCCAGACGGCCCUGGGCAUCAGGCCCUCCACCACUACCGUGGACAGCGUGCAGACUCCAUCUCCAGCUUCACGCCGGAGCCCGCCUGGCCGUGGGCAGGCAGCCCGUUGUACGAGGCGGCCAUCCGGCAGCUCCCCCGCCGCCGCCGUCGCUCCCGUGUCCGGUGUAGGCGUGGUCUGCCAGUACCCGUACCAGCCCCGCUUCCCCAACAUGCCCCCCUUCCCACCCCCAGCCCAGCGUGCGUACCCCCACCCCGCCCCGCUCCAUCCCGACCACCAGCGUCAGAUGAGGCCUGUGAUGAUCAGCCAGCCACCUUACCAAACACCUUUCUACCCCCAGAGUGGGCUGCCCUACCAGCCCCAGCCCAGAGCUCAGAGCUCGGCACACAUGCCCCCACCACAGCCUCAGGUCCACCCUCAGCACGGGAUGCAGCCGCAGCUGAGACCUCACCUGUACCAGCAGCACCCCGCUCAAGAGCCCGUCCAUCCGCCCACUCACCCCGGCAACGCUGGCUUCCCCGUAACACUGGCCGGAGUGCAGCCGCAGAUUCCAGCGCCCAUGGUUCCCCAGCGCCACGCCCUGCCCACUGCCACCGAGGCUCAGUCCAGAGCCUUGCUGCCGGCCUCACCUGGCCUCCCGCCCCAGCAGCCGUUCACGCCCCACCUCCACCCCGCCCUGCAGCCCGUGCCGCUCCCCAACAUGGCCGCCCCCCAGCCCGUGCCACUCCCCGGCCACAUGGUGGCGCCGCAGCCCGUGCCGCUCCCCAACAUGGCCGCCCCCCAGCCCGUGCCUCUCCCCGGCCACAUGGUGGCGCCGCAGCCCGUGCCGCUCCCCAACAUGGCCGCUCCCCAGCCCGUGCCUCUCCCCGGCCACAUGGUGGCGCUGCAACCCGUGCCUCUCGCCCCGCCCGGACCACCCCCCGCGGGCCCCCUGCAGCCGUUCAGUUCCGGCCCCUCUCUGCCCCCGACCCCGUCCCCUUCCCCAACGCCGGUGGCGCAAGGACAGGCGGGCUCUCUCCCCGCGGCCGCGGCGGGCAUCCAGCAGAGGGCGUCGCAGACCCUCGCGCCCGCUGCCACGCAGCCCGGCUCCGACCUCCCCUUCCAGCGGCAGAACUCGUCCACCGACGACCUGCUCUCCUCCAGCCCCGACGGGCAGCACGGCGGAGCCCAGACCGCCGUCACGCAGCCCCUCCUCCUGCCCACCAAGGCAGACGCCAAGGACGGGCACAGGCCCAAGGGGAUACAGAUCAUCGAGCAGGAUCCCUACGAGAAGCCCGAGCACGUCAAGAUGCUGCUCAACCAGUUGGGGAGCUUCAAGGUCAUCGUCGACUCACUCGACAGGCCUUCCUUUGGAAGCUUGACCGAGCUGGACUGCAAAUGGAAAGACCUGCAAGACGCCCAGGAGAAGGACGCUCGGCAGCUAUCUAUCGCCAUUGCGCGCUGCUACACCAUGAAGAACCGGCACCAGGACAUCAUGCCGUACGACAAGAACAGGAUCGUGAUCCAGUCGGGCAAGGACGACUACAUCAACGCCAGCAUGGUGGAGGACUUGUCCUCGUACUGCCCGAGGAUCAUCGCCACACAGGCACCGCUCCUGGGAACAGCCUCCGACUUCUGGCUCAUGAUCUACGAGCAGAAGGUCUCACUGGUGGUCAUGCUUGUCUCCGAGCAGGAGGUCGACAAGCAAAAGGUGCUGCGUUACUUCCCGACGGAGCGGGGGCAGCAGAUCGCGCACGGACCCAUCACCCUCACGCUGACCACACAGAAGAUCACGCAGACCCACGUGGAGCGCAUGAUCGGGCUCCAGUACAGAGACCAGAGCCUCAAACGCACCAUCAUCCACCUGCAGUUUACCUCGUGGCCUGAGCUGGGUUUUCCGGAGAGUAAAAGUCACCUGUUGCGUUUUAUCCAAGAAGUGCACGGACAUUACCUGCACCAGCGUCCACUACACACACCUGUUGUUGUCCACUGCAGUUCCGGAGUGAGGAGAACCGGAGCCUUCUGCCUGGUUUACGCAGCGGUGCAGGAGGUCGAGGCUGGCAACGGCAUCCCCGAUCUGCCGCGCAUCGUCAGGAACAUGAGGCAGCAGCGCAAACACAUGCUGCACGACAAGCUCCAACUGAAGUAUUGCUAUGAAGCCAUCCUGAAACAUGUGGAGCAGGUUCUACUGAGGCAUGGAGUUGCCACCAACCUGUCCACCAAGGCACCCACCUGUUCAUCUCAAAAGAGUUACAGUCGGCAAGAACCGCAGGACUUAGUGCUGGGCGGUGAUCUGCCCAUCAGCUCCAUUCAAGCCACCAUUGCCAAGCUGAGUAUCAGGGCAUGUGCCGGGGGCGCUGGCGAGGGCAGGGCUGGCCCACUGCCCCCCCUGGAGCCGGGGCCCGACCCCCCUCCCAUCCUCCAGCAGGACCCGCCCAUCAAGGCCCCCCGAGCUGUGGAGGAACCGCCUUCACCACCGCCGCCGACCCUACCGGCCGAGACCACCCUGGACACCGGCCAACCCAGCCAGGCCCCGGACACAAGCGGGACCACCCACACGCCCAGUGCCGCCAACCACACCCACACCGAGACCGAGGCAGAGAGCAAGGCAGCCUCCCUCGACCUCCUCGCCUCCCUCACCGCAGAAGCCUUCACUCUGGACACCAACCCCCGCAACAGGCAGAAGAUCAGCAAGCACAACUUCCUCCAGCACCAGAACAACGGGCAAGGUCUCCAGACGCCUACCACAGGCGAGGACCCGCUCAGCCAGCUCGACCCGCUGUGGACCCUGAACAAGACGUGAUGGCUCUCGCUCUCUCUCGCUCUCUCUGUCUCAACGCCUCUUGUUCUGUAGCGGGGGCUGGGAAGAGGAAAAUGUGAUCGGGCCUUUCGUGGGGACGUCAGGGAAAUAGGCUCCCGGUUUGUUCUGUAUAAAUCAGAAAGAGCUGUGCCCUGUAUACCGCAUAGCUCCUACAUGUAUACCAGUGAGGAGUUGUCCCUCCCCAUAGCAUCAAUGUAAACAGUAAAUUAUUGCUCACA